AGCUGCUCCAACCACAACUAUAGCAGCUCCAGCAUUAAUAAAACAACUGAUUUUUAAGUCUGAUGAAGUAUUCACCUCUGAUUUGGGAGACCCAUCAUCAUCAGGAUUCCAAACACGCUCUGGACAUAUAAUGAAUCGACUUGACCCACUUUUCAGAAGAUCUUUCCCCUCAUUCCAAAAGACUGGAGCCAUGAGAUUCAGUGCUGGAUCAAUUAUCAACUCUGUGGACCUUGAAUUUCAGUCAUCAUCUUCUCCUAAUGAUACACUAAUUAAAGACAUUUUGGUUAAUGAGGCUUCAAACAUCACGGAAUUCAACGUACUAGCAGAUACGGUUGCUAUUAGUGACCCAGUACCUCCAACCACAACCACAGUGGCUCCAACCACAUCCACUGUGGCUCCAAGCACAACCGCCGUGGCUCCAACCACAACCACAGGAGCUCUAACAACAACCACAGCUGUUCCGACCACAACCACAUCUGCUCCAACCACAACUACAGCUGCUCCAACUACAACCACAGAGGCUCCAACUACACUUGCUCCAACCAUAACUACAGCUGCUCAAACUACAACUACAGCUGCUCCAACUACAACCACAGAGGCUCUAACCACAACCACUGUGGCUCCAACCCCAACCACAACAACAGCGGCUCCAACCACAACAACAGCGGCUCCAACCACAACAACAGCGGCUCCAACCACAACCACCGCUGCUCCGACCACAACAACAGCGGCUCCAACGACAACCACAGCGGCACCGACCACAACCACAGCAACUCCAUCCACUACCACAGCUGCUCCAACC